CGCUCGAUCUCGAGACACAACAACUCAACGCCAAGCGAAUGAGAAAUGAAAAUUUUGAAAUUUUGUCAACUAAAAGUGUCGUGGAUGCCGUCGUUGUCGGAGCGAAUUUACGUUUCGGAAGAACGAAUUUGAAGAUCGACGCGUAUGAAUAAGAAAAACGCGCGGGCACAAGGUGACACUGGGCCGCCGAAAGGGCUCCUACGCUUUGCUAGCAACAUUAUCAAGUACUAAUUAGUGUAGAAUUUGUGAAAGUGUUGACUCGUGCUCUAUGAUAAAUUGUUUAAAAAGUGCCAAAAAGUAUUAACCAAAAGAAUUUAUAGUUUUAUUUUUAUGAAUUAAGAUAAAAAUUUCGAGUUUUGUUUUUAUUGUAAUGACGAAGUACAACUCGAGUGCAGUGCCAUCAACGAACUCCAGCUCUAUUUCCCUUAUAAACAAAAAUAAGUGUAUCUCAAAUUCCGCGAAUAUGGAACGCAUCAGCAUCAAGCAGGAAUUCAGCAGCUUCGCCCAACAUACCGCGUUUCCACAUGCGUCUGUGCUUCAGGGCCAACAACAGAUAUCGCUAACGCAUCAGCAACGCGCAACCAACCAACAUCUGCAGCAACAUCAGCAGCAUUGUCAGAAACAACAACAACAUUCACACCAGCAACAUUUACAUACGCUCUUCAGCCGUUAUGGCGCCGCCGUCGGUAUUGGAGUCGGUUUGAACUUUGGUGGAGACGCCACCAAUCGGGUAGCGGCAACUGCUUUUCUGGCGGAUGACGGUAAUGCUUGUAAUUAUUCCAUUUCGCGUGACAGCGAUAAGCCCGAUUUGACGCCGUCACCAAUCUUUACGGAUUAUGAUGAGAACAGUUUGAGUUCGGAAGAGCAUGUACUGGCGCCACUGGUUUGUUCAUCGGCUCAGACAUCGCGCCCGUGUCUGACGUGGGCUUGCAAGGCUUGUAAAAAGAAGAAUGUGUCAGUGGAUCGCAGAAAAGCAGCAACACUGCGGGAACGUCGGCGCUUGAGGAAGGUAAAUGAGGCUUUUGAGGUGCUGAAGCGUCGCACCUCGACGAAUCCAAACCAAAGAUUACCGAAAGUUGAAAUACUGCGCAAUGCCAUCGAGUAUAUUGAGAGUCUCGAAGAUCUGUUGCAGGAAUCUUCACCCACACGUUCGAUCGAUUGUCUUAGCGAAGGCAUAAGUGGGAAAGCGUGUCAACAGGACUAUUUGAACUCGUAUUCAGGUGCGUAUUUGCGACAGAAGUUAAAUUUUUUCCACAAUGACUUGGACAGAUUCGGCAUUUUCUCAGAAUUCGAUUCGUCGGCCGCCAAUGGUUCCAGUUUAGAUUGCCUGAAUUUGAUUGUGCAGAAUAUCAGUCGAACUACUACGCAAAACACGUCAACAGCGGUGACGGGAAACCACAAAAGCAAUAAUAAUCUGCCCAACAACAACAUAUGCAAAACGAGUAGCGGCAGCAGUGGAGUUAGCAGUUGCGCCAGUUUAAGUGCAGGCAGCAACAACAAUACACAUAAUGCCCCACACAAUGUGCCGGUGACGCCCUCACCAUCAGCAGCAAGUAUUAACAGCAAUGUAUCGCAAAGCUCAUCGCAGUCAUCGCUCAAUGCGACCUUUAAGCAAAAGUGCACAACGUGA